AAUGUUAUUGAUAUUAUUUAGGUCGAAAACAGUGUUCAAUGUGUCGAAAGAUAUCAGUGUCAAUGCAUGUUUAAAUCCACGCCAGUGAAAAUGUUCCGAUUGAUUAACUUUUUGGAAUUAGCUAGUUUUUUACGUUUAAAUCACAAUAUUUGAUCUUUUUGGUAUCAACAUUUAAAGCAUAUUUCAGUUUGAAAGGAAAGUAAAAUGUUCAGUUACAGCUAGCAUCAACAGUUACAUCGAUUUUAAUAGUUUUGUUCUGGUACAUCAACCAUAUCGCAAAUCCCAGGAAAAAGAGUUGAGCAAAACACUUGCUGCAAUGACACACACAUACAUGCCUGAGUGAAGAAAUGUGUAUAUUUCGUUAAAACAGUGAAAGUAAGGUAAACAAGACCUGGAAUGACUGAGACAACAUUUCAAAAAACUGGAAAUAUAAGAGGGAUCGGUAGUAUGCUGAAUGAAUGAAGGGAUGAUUUUCAAAAACGCUUGCCAAGGCGUAAUAGUUUGGCACGUGUUGAUUAAAUCAUAUCUUUCUUUAAUUAAAUGUAAACUUAAAUUUAAUCCUACAAUCAAUUAAAUUUCUGGAUUACGGAGUGUGUUAAUUAUUAUUCAAAACCACUAUACAAUUCGUUGACAUGUGGAAACCAGGUGCAUUUAUUAUAAUUAGCUUGUGUUUUGUUAAAGCACAAAUCCAUCUGAUCGACUCGCGAUGCUACUUGGCCGAAGGAGGCUCGGCUGAGAAUUUUCUAGCGAGCGAAGAUGCUGCCGUCGGAUCCGUGCUGGGUACCUUGGGUAUCAACGGAGAUCCAAAAACAGAUAUUUCACUGUCACUGCGCGAGAAAGAUUCGCCGAUCUCCAUAGCGCCGCUGUCCAAGAAUAUCAUCCUGAGUAAGCCUCUAGACAAGGAAGGUGUGGAAGGUCCAGCAUCCGUCUACGUAAACGUCAUUUGCGAUCGCAGAAUGAGCAACGAUCCGAGCUUCCUCAUACCGGUGAAUAUACGUGUUACGGACGUUAACGAUAAUUCUCCGGCAUGGAUUGGCGCGCCCUACGUUGUCAAUAUAUCAGAAGUAACAAUUGUCGGCACAAGAAUUUUGCAGGGUAUUCGAGCUCUCGACAUGGACCAACCGGGGCCAUACUCCACGAUUGAGUAUCAAGUGCUCCCCGGACCACAAUCCAAAUACGUAGCUUUCAUUUCUCCCUUGGAAGGGACACUUGUACUGAAGCACGAACUAGAUUAUGAAACUCUCAGGAACUUUACGGUUGUUUUACGCGCUCAAGACCAAGGUGUUCCGCCAAAAUAUUCCGACACCACGCUAACCAUUUUUGUGCUCGAUGCAGAUGAUCAAAAUCCAAAAUUCUUUCAAGACGUAUACCACGGAACAUUUCAAGGGAAUGUAGUCCCUUCGGAAAUCAAAUUUCAUACAGAACCUAUAAAAGCAAUUGAUCAAGAUUCUGGCUUGAACGCUUCGUUAACAUACUCCAUAGUCCCAUCUUCACAUUCUACGUAUUUUACUAUUGAUUCUAAAACAGCAGCGUUAAGAUUAACAAAACAGUUAAACAUAUCGAAUCCCAUUACUUUGGUAGUGAAAGCUACACAGUUGGAUAACAAUGAUCGUUAUGCGCUGAGUACAGUAAUAUUGUCACAGUUGCAAUCUACUGCUGUCAGCACAAUUGAUAAAGUAAGUUUCAUGCAUUCGAUAUACAGACUUAAGAUAAAGGAGAAUUAUAACCCAGGCAAUACUAUUUUGAAACUUAUCAAAGGAAGCAUGGCAUGGAAUGUAAAUCUUAGAAUUCUAAACGAUACCGAGUUGUAUUGGUUCUCAAUCGAUAGGAACGGUGAUGUUAAACUUAGCAGAUGGUUAGACUAUGAAACGCAGCCUACUCACAAAUUUACCGUAGAACUAAAUGAUGGCAGUAACAAAGAAUACGCGGAAGUGCUUGUAGAAGUUCUAGACGUUAACGACUGGGAACCUCGAUUCAGAAAACCACACUAUACGUUUAAAGUUAGGAAUCGUAAUUUUUCUACUCCCUUAGCGUUAGGAAAAGUUGAAGCUGCUGAUGGAGAUGUUAGAGAUAAGAUCACUUAUUCCUUGCGAGGCGAUCAUGCCAAUUUGUUUUAUAUAGAUUCUGGAGGAACUGUUUGGUUGAAGUACGACGUACCUGACAAAAUGAGUUUCAAACUCCAUCUGAUUGCAACGGAUACAGGGUUUCCACCAAAAUCAACUAGCGUGCCCCUCUCGAUCGAAUUCGACGAAGUAAAUGAAUCGCCUAUCAAGUGGACGACUACUACGAUAGGCGCUUUGACGGGCGUAACUGUGCUUUGUGUCCUGGCAUGUCUGGCAGUGCUGACGUACUUCUGCAGAUCAUCCGUCAACAGGACUAACAGGAAUGUUCCCAUGUUGAUCAGUAGGAGUAAAGCUACCAAUAAAACGUCCAACAUCGGGAUUAUAACAGCAAAUACCCGGGGCUCAAAUAGUUCGAUAAGCGCCAGCGCUUCGACCAUCAUUGCUGCCAGCCUCGAGAGGGAUCAAGACUCAUACACCACAACGAUAAGAGAUAUAGUCAAUCGGGCUCAGCAACCCCAUAAGACUGUUGUUCGCAGUAGCGACAUGGAACAGGAUUCCCUGACGAAUUCUGAAACUGGAUUUCAUUGCUCGUACCCCACCACCACUCAAAGUGGCGCAAGCUGGCACCAGAGGAGCUGCAUGCUCGGUGAAAAAGCACCCAACGACAACGACACUAAUGGUGAAAAUAAGUUAACAGUAUAUUUUUGAGAUUAAUAAUAGAGCUGUUAUUAUACUUAGCUUGACAUAAAAUCUAUUGAUUUUAGUAAAUGGAUACUGAGUGGGUUAGAAGCAAAAGGGUGUGAAAAAAGUAAUAAUGUUUGAAUAAUAAGCUCAAAGUCUAUGGGUGAUUUUUCAUUCUUUACAAAUUAUGGAAAACUGUAGAAUUAAACUCAUUUUAUGCAAACUUUUAAAAUUAA